UCACAAAACCUAACAACCGCUUUUUUUCAUUGUAGAAAAGAACUUUAAUUUUAUUCCACCGUUUGAUCUCUGUUCCCAGCCACUGUUCGAUCUUCUUAUUAAAAAAAGUUCUGGUCUUUCUAAUAUCCUCUGUACUACAUCCCGACAAAAACCCACUGGUCUUUCCCAGAACUCGGACUUCCAGUGAUAAGGAGUCUUGUCUUCGGUAUCGGUUUUGCAUCGAGCGAGUCGGUUUAACCGGAAACUCAGGCCAUCGAGGCUGGUAUCGAGCGUUUUGGUACCUGUUCGUCAAGGUCAAAGAGAAGAACUAGCAGAAUUACACGUUUAAUUUUGGUUUUGUUGAGACUGAAUAUGGAAGAUCGAUCUCAUCGAUUCGCUGCUCUGAUCUAAAGUUAAGCCACUGGUCUUUCAUCAACACUUUCAUCUUUGUUACCGUUCCCAAUUGUUUGAUUGUGUUAUCUGAUUUAAUUUUCAUGUCUUCAUCGUUGUCUUAGGAUUUCUGGAAUUUUAGAUUUUUAGGUGUUCUUGUAAUAGUUAUAAACAGAGGAGAAUAAAAUUAGGUCCAAUUUGAAAGGAAUCUGGGUUUAAAAAAAAAAGCUGUCAUUUUUAAUCUGAAAAGGAAAAGAGGGAAAUUGGGCGGCGUGAAAGGAGGGACGACUCGAUUCGUGAACUCGGUGAAUCUUGCAAAGCCUUGAGCUUUGAGAUGAUAAAGACUUUGGUUUCUCCUUGUACUAGUAGUCUGUUCUUUAUGUAGGGAUUUGGAUCUCACAAGUUGAAGUUUGACAGAUCUUGUAACAAAGUGAAGACGAGAGCAGUAAGAAUGGAGCUCACUAUCACUCAACCUGAUGAUUGGCAUCUUCAUCUCCGUGACGCUGAUCUUCUUCAUGCUGUUGUUCCCCACAGGUGUGUGCAGUGCGAGUAUUUUUAAGAGAGCGAUUGUGAUGCCGAAUCUCAAGCCGCCUGUUACAACCACUGCAGCUGCUGUUGCUUACCGGGAUUCUAUCAUGAAAGCUUUGCCAUAUGGGAGCAGCUUUGAUCCACUUAUGACACUUUAUUUGACUGACAAAACUCAACCUGAUGAGAUCAAGCUUGCAAGGGAAAGUGGUGUGGUUUAUGCGGUGAAGCUCUACCCUGCCGGAGCAACAACCAACUCUCAAGAUGGUGUCACGGACCUUUUUGGAAAAUGCUUACCGGUACUAGAGGAGAUGGUCAAACAAAACAUGCCUUUGCUGGUUCAUGGGGAGGUCACAGAUCCGAGUAUUGAUGUCUUUGACCGCGAGAAAAUCUUCAUUGAGACAGUUCUGCAGCCUCUAAUCCAACGCCUUCCACAACUGAAAGUAGUGAUGGAACACAUCACUACCAUGGAUGCUGUGAAUUUUGUUGAAUCUUGCAAAGAAGGGUCUGUGGGUGCAACAGUCACACCACAACAUCUCCUUCUCAACAGAAAUGCCCUCUUCCAAGGUGGAUUACAACCUCACAACUACUGUCUUCCCGUUCUCAAAAGAGAAAUACAUCGAGAAGCCAUUGUUAAAGCUGUAACUAGUGGAAGCAAGAAGUUCUUCCUCGGCACAGAUAGUGCUCCACAUGAGCGGACUAGAAAAGAAUCAUCCUGCGGAUGUGCUGGUAUUUACAGUGCUCCCGUUGCCUUGUCCUUAUACGCUAAGGUCUUUGAUGAGGCGGGUGCGCUUGACAAGUUGGAAGCUUUCACAAGCUUCAAUGGACCUGAUUUUUAUGGCCUACCGAGAAACUCGUCAAAGGUCACACUGAAGAAAUCACCUUGGAAAGUUCCAGACGUUUUCAACUUCUCCUUCGGAGAGAUCGUCCCUAUGUUUGCUGGAGAAACCCUUCAAUGGCAACCGUUGAAAUAAUGUGGUGGUUUGAAGUUGUCAAAUUUUCUCCCAAAUCAGUGAACUCUUGUACCUUUUGGAUUGUAUUUUCUUACGGCUGAGUUAUGCCCUGCAUUUUUUGAGGAAUAAAAGCAAGAUACUGACCAAUAAUGUUUAUUUUGUGUUUGAAUCUGUC